AUGAAAGUGAUAUUAGUUUUCUUGUUCUGUGUUGUUUGUGCACACGCUAGAGUGACGCCGGACUACUUCCCAUCAUGCAAGAGGAGUGAUCCCCAAAUUGAGAAAUGUGUCCUCAACGGCCUGGAGGCCAUGAGGCCUCGUCUGAAGGAAGGUAUACCUGAGGUGAACAUCCCUGCCUUGGACCCCUUCACCGUACCAACCCUGAAGCUCGACAGAACUGCUCCCAACUUGAGGCUGAAGGCUACUGUCAAGCAAGCGAAGGCAUACGGCGGCAGUGACUUCAAGAUUGAGAAACUGAAACUGAACCUGAACAACAAAUACGCUGGAGAGCUGAAGCUGACGCUGCCGAGGCUAAUGGUGGUCGCCAACUACGAUGUGAAGGGAUCCAGACUCCUCGCCCUCGACAUCAAUGGAAAGGGACGCCUGCGUGGAAACUUCACUGGCAUCACGGUGGUAGCGAAGGGUUUCGCGAAGCCCAUUGCUAAGGAUGGCGUGGAGUACUUGCAGGUCGACAAGAUUGUCUCCAAAGUCAGGAUCAACAACGCACAGAUUGCUAUCGAUGACACCGAGAGGCCGCUAGCUGCGGCUUCAGCAGUGUCAUUCUUCAACGCCAGUCCUAACGUGGUUCUGGACAUCCUCAACCCCCUGAUCGAGGAGACCACAGCUGCAGUCAUCAAGGCAUUCGUGAACAAAAUCCUGGGGAGUAUACCCAUCAGUGAAGUGUUGACAGAUGAUGUUUCUGCCGCCUAA